GUUCCCAAGCACGCUUCCAUCGGCAAAAGAUAGCUUUUUUCCUCGGACGAAAAUGGGAACGAUAGGACUGAACGGCGUAACGAGAGAAUGAAAAUUUACAUUGAAUCGGAUUAAUGAUAGGUUUGCUGUUUCUUAGCUAAGCGUGUUUUUGACACGUGAUAUACGCGAACAUUGUGCUUUACUAGAUAAAAAACAAACACUGUACUGUGAGCCAGCUUUAUUUGAGAAAAUAGAGGCCUACGCAUCGUUAGCAUACCACCAAUAUGUAUCCCUCCUGGGGAAAUUACGGCGGUGGCCAACACCAGCCUCCUCCCCAGUCACAUUUUGGCGUAAGACCGUCGCAAUUACGGGCACCGCCACCGACUGGAGGGGGGUUCGGUGGGUUUGGAAUGUCUACAACCGCCCCGGCCCAGUCCAACUUUUCCAGUUUGCGGGAGCAACAUCUUCAGCAAAUGCAGCAACUGCAGCAGCUUCACCAAAAGCAGCUCCAAUCGGUUCUGCAUCACAACAAUGGACCGUACAGCGCUCCUCCUCCGGGGCCUUGGCAGGGCAGCGGCCCAGGAUUUUCGAACAUGAGUCCCGGUGGUCCCAGUGCUCCUUCUCCUUCUAGUUUUCAGGAACACCAGCCCCUGAGGGUUGCGCCCGGGCCUCCACCACAGCAACCGCCGCCUCCACAGCCAGUGCAGCAGGCGCAAGCCGAAGGACAGCGCCCGCCACCUGAACCAGUACCGCCGACAGUACCUCAAAACGGUUCUAACACGGAACUACCACCACCACCAACAAACAAACAAGAGGCUGUAAUACCAAAUGAACUGGACCAGUUCAUCCAACAAGACGAGGAGAAACCAGACUUUUCCUCUAUGUCAUUGCAGGAGCAGCAACAGUACUGGUACAAACAGCACCUCAAGAAUUUGCAGAGGUUAAAAAAUGAAAAGGCAAAACAGAAUAGAACUCAAGGGGACAGUCAGCUGCCCCCUCCCAGUCAAACUUCGGCAGCCCCCCCUCCGCCAGUGGAGCCCCCCAAAAAUGCACCCCCACCACCUCCUCCUACAGAUGAGCCUCCACCCCCACCACCACCGGAUGACUCUAUGCCCGGUAUCGGCUCCGCAUCGGGGGACCCCGCAGAAGCUGCGCGCCUGCAGCAGCUGCAAGCCGCAGCCGCGCAGUGGCAGCUGACGCAGCAGCAGCGCGCAGGCUUCCAGUACCAGGCUCUCAUGCAGCAGCACGCCCAGCUGCAACAGAUCCUGCAGCAGUACCAGCAGUUCAUUCAACAGCCUGCACAUCUGCAGACCAUGCCCCUGGACAUGCAGCUGAGGCAUUAUGAGGUGCAACAGCAGCAGUUUGCCCCCGUGUACCAGGAGUGGGACCGGCAGUUCCGGAUGUGGCAGGAGCAGUUUCAGACUUACCCGCACAAGGACCAGCUCCAGGACUACGAGUGCCAGUGGAAGCAGUGGCAGGAGCAGAUGAAGUCCACGUCUGCCCACCUGCAGGAGCGGGUCACCACGCUCCGUGCCAUGCAGAGCCAGUAUGGCAGCGCCCCCUUCGGGGGAAUGAUGGGUAUGGGGCAAUACGGGCAGUACCGCCACCCAGUUCCAGACACCCAGAUGCCAUCACCCCACGUGGCACCCUCUCAAGUUCCCACUCCGAAAGUGGAGCCGCCCCCUCCUUCAGCGUCGAUGGCACAGGCUCCACGGCCCCCGAUGCCUCCAGGGCAACAGGGCCCUCCGGGGCCUCACAGUGCUCAGGGCCCUCCGGGGCCUCACAGUGCUCAAGGGCUUCAGGGGCCUCCGGCUCCUCAUGGCUCUCAGGGACCUCCGGGGCCUCCAGCCUCUCAGGGGCCUCCGGCUCCUCGUGGCUCUCAGGGCCCUCCGGGGCCUCAAGCCUCUCAGGGACCUCCAGGGCCUCACGCCAUUCAGGGCCCUCCGGGGCCUCACGGUCCUCGGGGGCCUCCAGGCCCUUAUGGCCCCCUGGGCCCCGCUGCUGUUCCUCGCACCCCAGCUCCGGCCACCACAGAACCCCAUAGCACACCCUCCACAGCCUCUGGGCCUGCGCCUCCCACCACGUCUGCCUCCCAGGUGGCUUACUCUGCCGCUGGACCCCCUGUUCGAGGGGCUAGGCCCCCUGGACCACCGCCACACUUUGAGGGCCCAAGAGGACCAAGGUUUGAAGGACCCAGAGGAAAUGAUUUCCAAAGGUUUCAGCCGCCACCGAGGUUUAACCCGCCGCAGCGAUUUGAGCCGCAUCAGAGGUUCGAUCAGCCCCCUAGGGGAAACCAGCCCGGCCAGUUUGGAGCUCCAGGAAGGUUUGAGCCUCCGCCAAGGCCUGGUGCCCCUCCCCGCUUCGAGAGACCUCCUGGGCCCCAGCCACCUCCCAGAUUCACCCCCCCUCCCAAACCCGAUCCCGCCUCAGAGAACAAGCAACAGAUGGAAAAAGCCCCCACACCUACACACCCUCAGACUAAAGACAAGCUUGCCGAGACUCCCCAAAUGCAGGUGGAUGAUAAAACAGGCACCAAGAAUACCCAAGAAGUCCUGUCAGAUGACAUCCUGGAAUCAAGUGAUGGAUUUUUCAUCCAGAGUGACCCCAUUCCCCAGACCUCUGUCAAGACUGAUACGCAGAACAAGCCUGAAGACCAGAGCAAGGAAGUGGCUGACAAGGCCAAACUCACUCCAGAGGCAACUAAGACGUCCAUUGAGCCUCCUGCCCUGCCGAAACAGCCUCCGGGCAACAGCAACACAAACUCUUUAAACCAAGCCAGACCUCCUGCGAACCACAGCACCGCACCCGGGCCGCCCCAGAAGCCCCACCCUCCACCCGGGCCGGCUCCGCCCGGGCCAAGAGCGGGCAUGCCCGAGCCUCCGCACGGGUUCCUCCACCAGGAGCACCCACCAAUGGGGAUGCCGGGGAUGCCUCGCGGGAGGGGGCGGGGCCAGAUGCCACCUCCCCCGGGCAGGGGCCGUGGACGAGGUCUCCCCAGGGGACCGAUGGGGCCCCCGCGCGGGUUCAACUCCGGGCCCAAUCCACAGGCGGAGGGGAUGGAUUACGACUACGCGCCCCCGCAUGGGGACAGGAUGCAGGGGGAGGAGGAGCCGUACGAGUGGCACGACCCGCCUUUCGACGGGCCAGGUGGGAUUCACGGGAGGAGGCCGCCGCCACCGCCACCUCCGGAGGAAGAGAUGUGGGGCGGGGAGGAGGAGGAGCAAUACCCAGAAGAGUAUUACGAAGAGCCUGGGAUGCGAGGCCCGCCGCCGGGGCGCGAGCCCCUGGAGCACCCUGGAAGGGAGAAACCCUGGGAGGAACCUGAGCCUGAGUACUGGGAAGAAGAGGCAGAUCCGUACUGGAGAGAGAAGAGGCCCCCGGUACGCCACGGGCCCCCGUUCUUCCACGAGGAGCACAGACGCCCUCCCCCUCCCCCUCCGCAUGCGUUCAGGCACCCCGGUCCCAGGAGGCCCCCUUUCGCUCACGAGGAGAUGGAGCACAACCUGCGCGGGCCGCCCCUCCAUCACGACGCCAUGGAACGUGACCCCAUGGGCCCACCCCUGCACCCGGACCACGGGCCCCGCCGGGGGCCCCCCAUGCAUCCGGACAUGAUGGAGAGAGACAUGAGGCGCCCCCCUCCUCCUCCUCCUCCGCGAGAGAUGAUGGAGAGGGACCACAGGGGGCCGCCCCCUUACCACCGCGAGCCGAUGGACAGGGACCCGGCGUGGCCCCGGCCCCCGCCCCCGCCCCACGACAGGGAGUCCAGGCGACCGCCGCUCCCUCACGAGAUCCUGGAGAGGCGCGGGCCUCCGAGCGUGGGUCACGAAGGCGUGCGCCGCGGGCCCCCUCCCCACGACGGCCCGGACAGAGACGCGUACGAGCAGGGCUACGGCGAGGAGUUCAGGCCUGAGGACGAGGAGUACCGGAGGCCCCCCCGCGACUACCGGCCCCGCGAUUACAACCAAGAGGGCGAGUACUACCCCCCCGCACAGGGCGAGUGGGACGGCGAGCGCCGCGACUACCCCCCGUACCCGCCGCGAGGGCCCGCCGACCGUUUCCGGGACGACCAGUGGUCCGAGGAGCAGGAGAGGCCGUACCCUUACGAGGGCGAGCUUCGCGAGAGGGGCGAGAUGAGGGCGCGCGAGUACCCGGACGAGCCCCGCUGCCAAAGGGAGGAGCCCCCGUACCCGCCCCCGGCGGAAUGGGACAGGCCGCUGCCGGAGAGGAACUUCCCUCACAGCGCGGUGGAGCAAAGGCCCCCGUACGAUGACCGCGCGGAACCCCCCGCGGACCUGCCGCCGCCCGCUGCCCCGGCACCAAACGCUAACCUGACCCAAACUCCUCCGCUGGACCAGACUUCCCCUGGAGCUGGGAAAGGCAUCCUGGCUCUUUCUCAAAGGCAGCAUGAGAUCAUCUUGAAAGCUGCCCAGGAGCUCAAAAUGAUCAGAGAACUCCAGGAGAAUAAAAACGCUAUGGGCGACUUCCUUAAACCUGAGACCACAGAGGCACCGCCUGAGAUCCCACCUGGCCUGCUGGGAUUGGAGAUUUCUCCAGAAGUGAGGACCGCCCUUCAGGCCACCAACCUCCUGUCUGAGACCGGCCAGGCCCCUCCAGGUGCCAUGGGGGCGUGGGAUGCAGGCGGCCCGCUCCCCGCCUCCGACCCCGCUUUCCCGAUGGCGCCAGCACCUGGGAUGGAGGGGAAGCACCUGGCGUUGCCUCCCCCAACAAAACCCACCAUCAUCUCCAAGACCGUGGAUUACGGCCACGGGCACGACAUCGGAUCGACGGUGGAGCGGAUCUCGUACGGCGAAAGGAUCGUGUUGAGGCCGGACCCGCUCCCCUCCGAGAGGGCGUAUGAGAAAGAACCCCUCGGCCCGAGAGAUCCCUACGAGAGAGACCCUUAUUACGACAGACGCCCGGAUCCGUACAUGGACCGCCGCGACUACGGCCGGGACCGGGACAGGGACCUGUACAGGGACAAGCCGCCCAUGGAUUACGAGAGGGAGCGCUACGAGAGGGAGCGCUACAUGAGAGAUGAGAGGCUGCCCCCAGGCCCCCCACCUCGCCCGGGCGGCUACAGGGAGAGGGAGAUGCGGAACAGCCGGGACCGGGAGCGGGAGGGGCGCAGCAGCCGGGACAGGGAGGAGCACUACGGCAGGCCCGGGUUCGACCGGCCCCCGUACGACCGCGGGCCUGAGCGCCCCGGUUACGACCACGGCCCCGCAGCCUACGGAAACGAUAGAAGGCCAUACCCCGAAGAGCGACUUCCUGUUCCUGCUCCAUCAUUGCCGCCACCGCCGCCCCCUGCCCCCCGGAGGGUUGAGAAGAAACCGGAGAUGAAGAACGUGGACGACAUUUUGAAAAUGCCAGGCAGAGAGAGCCGACCGGAGAGGAUUGUCAUUAUAAUGCGGGGACUUCCAGGAAGUGGCAAAAGCCAUGUGGCAAAACUGAUCCGGGACAAAGAAGUGGAGUGCGGUGGGGCGCCCCCUCGGGUCCUUGGGCUCGAUGAUUACUUCAUGACAGAGGUCGAGAGGGUAGAGAAGGACCCUGAAACAGGAAAACGAGUCAAAACGAAGGCCUUGGAAUAUGAAUAUGAGCCAGAGAUGGAAGAAACGUAUCGCAACAGUAUGCUCAAGACCUUUCGGAAAACACUGGACGAUGGCUUUUUCCCUUUCAUCAUCAUCGAUGCGAUUAACGACAGAGUUAAAUACUUUGAUCAGUUCUGGAGUGCCGCCAAAACCAAAGGGUUCGAGGUGUACUUGGCUGAAAUCACCGCUGACAACCAGACUUGUGCAAAGAGAAAUGUCCAUGGACGAAAGAUAAAGGAUAUUGUGAAGAUGGCUAGCAACUGGGAGCCAUCUCCUCGUCACAUGGUGCGACUGGAUAUAAGGUCCCUGCUGCAAGACGCUGCCAUAGAGGAGGUGGAGAUGGAGGAUUUUAACCCAUCGGAGGAGGAGCAGAAGGCGGAGCUAAAGGAAGCCGCCACAGAGGAAGAGGAAGGGGAUCUGGGUUACAUUCCAAAAAGCAAAUGGGAGAUGGACACUUCAGAGGCUAAACUGGACAAGCUGGACGGACUGGUGAGCGGCGGAAAGAGGAAGCGGGAUUCUGACGGCGCGGCGGGCAUGGAGGACUUCCUGCAGCUCCCCGACGACUAUGCCACCCGCAUGUCAGAGCCGGGGAAGAAGAGGGUGCGGUGGGCGGAUCUAGAGGAGAAAAAAGACGCCGAUAGAAAGCGCGCUAUUGGCUUUGUAGUGGGCCAGACAGACUGGGAGAAAAUCACCGACGAGAGCGGACAACUCGCCGAACGAGCCCUCAAUCGCACAAAGUAUUUCUAAGAAAAAAUAUUUCAGAGAAUUGUCUUUCGGCUAAUGAAGAUACCUGACAGUGAAAACAAAACCCUGGUUAAUAGAAGCAGGAAAAACAGCUUUUGUUUAAAAUAGUUUUUAUUCCCAUCAUCGGAUUCAUGGACACCCAGAAAAGACGUCAUUGUCUUCAAUUCUUCCAAGAUUUAGUUUUCUCAUUUCAUGCACUGUUGAUAAAUCCCUGUGCCUGUGAUCCGAACAGCUUCUCCUGCUAGGUGUGCUUGUUCAUUUUUUAUAUCCUUCUGUACUGUUAUCUUGUGAGCACUGUUGUUUAUUUUAACUUUAAAAGGAAACAAUAAAAGUUUCACCAGAACCUUCUAGACAAGCUCAUGUGAGUGGUCAUGUGGGCUUCACUGUUUAAGUGUCUUGUGUUUUUGCAGCCAGCGAUGGACUGUGACUUCUGUUGGUCAAUUCUUUAAUCUCCGGAAUUCGAUGAGGAAAAAAAAAAAAAAAGAUCUGCAGUCUGAAGCCUGUGUUCCACUGACUUGCCUUAGCUAUGUGCGCUACUUUCUAACGUAUGGCCACAUAAAAAUAUGGUAACUCCCGUGAAUCACACACUGGCUUGACCUACAGCUGAGUAGGUAAAAUCUAUAUGAACACCAAAAAGACACUUUCAGAAAUGAGUGACUUUCCCGGCUAUAGUAUUUCGCAGAUGAUAAAAGGGACUGACCUGUGCUUUAGGGGAAACCCGUUACGAUAUGCGGAACUGGUCAAUGUGUUGUCAGUCAGGAUUGACUUUCUUAAAACAAACUCCUUCGGUUUUAGCUGGUACGUCUGAGGCACGUCAAUGGAGACAUAGCUUAUUUUCUUUUAUUUGAUGUAUUAGGUAAGUGCUCUUCACCACUUAAUAUUACUGUACAGUGAUAUGAACAAGUUUCUUGUUGUAAGACAUUUUCUUGCUCUUUUAAGCUUUGACCACCCAAUACAGAAUUAUCUUUCAUCUGAAAUGUCAGAUCUGAAAUUUGGAAUUUCUAUAUUCUUUGGCAACACAAAUCUUUUUUUAUGGCGCAAUACUGGAAAAAAAAAACAAUCAAAUAAUUGUUUUAUAAGAUGAUAGUUGUGAAUAUUUCAUUUUAAAAUGGCACACCAUACAGUGGUAAGUUGGAUGUUUUAUCAUCCUGCCACAUUGUCGGUGUCCUGACUAAAAGGAAAUGGGAAUGAAUCUGAGAACAACAUUUGGCAUGCCUCAUUGAACACCAAAGGUGUUUGCUCACAUCUGAAGUUUUUUUUUUUUUAAUACAGUUCUUUUGAGAUACUGGUUCCCAUAAGAAACAUAUUCCUCGCAACUAAGUGGUUGUGGCCUAGACUCAAAGCCCAUCCCCUUCUUCUGAAUUCAUUUUAGGAGGAAUACCUAUCCUGUCACAUUGUGAAAUGCAUUAUUUUGGUUACCAAAGAGUGGCAGCAACUGGCACCAGUUGUACAUACAGGUUGAAUGCCAUUCUCUGAAAUGAAGGAAUGAAAUAAAGUGCACCUGAAAGUGUUUGGAAAUUGAUUGGGCCAUUUACUUGCAUUGCGGUUUGGUGUCUGCAGCUAAGCACUUUCCCUGGGGUUCAAAUUCUAAAAGCUAAAACUAGCCCAAAACUAGCAUGCAUGUUAAAUGAAUGUAAAGAGGUGCCCUGUAGACAGACAUGUCUUUACCACUCACAACAAGGUAUCUAAAGACUGAAGCCAAAAGCCUCCUGUAUCUUUCUUUCCUACUGCACUGAAGAGUGAAUGGAUCUUUAUGAUUUACUUUGUAAUUUUGUAAAUUAAAGUUGUUUUAUUUAUAUUCUAAAAUUAAGUUUUCAGAGACUUCUGCACACAUUUUCCUGGAUGGUAAGUAAACAUUACAUUGGCUGCUUGGAUGAGUGGUAGUUCAAGAACUUGGUUUGUGUCCCCAAGGUUGAUCUUUUGAACCCAGUUCUGACCAAAGAUCCGCGACGCAACAAAAUUGUUUUAGACUGUUGCAGUGAGGCCAUGCAGCAGUGCGAACUACCCGUCUCAGAACGUUUGAUGCCGGCGAUUCAAUGUGGCGAGUUUUCGAACGUUGAAAAGAGUCUCCAGUUACAGCUUGUCACCUCGCAAAUCUUUGGUCUGAUCUGGGCUUUAGAGUCACUGGACUGUUGCAUCCAUGAAAUGUGGGGGAAAUUAACCUUGAAAUAUCCUUUGGCAAUAAUUAAUGCCCAAAAAAACUAGUCGUCUUUGUGAAUUAUAUGAAAAGUUUUUUUGGCUGGACCGCAACAGUGAAGCCAGCCCUAUAAACGCAAAUGUCUGUGACUGAGUGAGUGAUGAAGUUACACCGUUGGUCGGCCGGAUGAAGUGUGUUAGGUCCAGCCAUACACUAGGUUUUGACCUGGUCUUGUUACAAGUUGUGAAAUGUAUUAAUUAAAAUUAAACUUUGAAACCGUUUAAAUAAAAUGUUGCAAAUAUAUUGAUGGGCUUCUUUGAAGAAGAGAAGUCAAAAGAUUCACUUCCCUUGGUAUUGAUGAAAACUACUGGAACCCAGUAUUUCUUGAAAUUUAUUUUAAGGAAAUAUGAUUUAAGGAAAUCAUGUUUCCUUAAAAUAGGUCCCAUAAUGAAGGUGUACCUUUCAUUUUUUUAUGAACACGUGCAUAAUACAGUUUGCCAAAUGGUAUUGCUUUAUUUAACACUGACAUUUCCUAUCAGAAUUUUGGGAAUUGUUAUAUUGUAUUUUAAAAAUCACCAUUUAAUGAUGAUUAUAGUCUGCUUAUAACAUUUUCUUCCACAAUAGCAUGUCUUUCCAACUGUUACACCAAUUUGUGUAACAAAUAAAAUACAAACUUCUGUCAUCAAUUUAAA